UUCAGUGUAUUUAAGACUGGAAAACAUUUAAUCAUAUCACGGCUUUGAUCCGAGGCCUCCUACGAUCAUUUCCCACAUGCUUCGCAGAGUUCUUGUGAGGGCACACAAUAAGCCGCUCUGUUGUCAGGGUUCAGUCACAAGCUGAGAAAGUGUGACUGUAGGAGCAGUCAGCACAAACAGAUGAAGGAUUUAAAACAGCAAACAUCAUCUGGAGGUAUGGGAUUCGGCUGCCGGUGGAUGCGUUUGGUAGUAAAGGGAUUUGUAAUAAACAUCUGUGAGGAUUUUGCAGCUGGAAUUAGUCGCUUCACGAGUUCAUGUCAUAUUAGUUCUUUAAUUUUUUCAUAUUGUGCAGCAAUCUCUCCAACUAAAUCCUCCGGAUGACCCUGCCGCAGACAUCAGGUCACUUUUCCAUUUUAUAACAGGCAACCAUCCUGUCUGGGUUGAUGACGUCCCCUGUGGCCUGUGAUUUGGGAUGUUCUUUGAACUUGUCGAAUUUGAAGUCAUCAGUGUUUCUUGCCCAUUGGCACAGCAGCAGGAGGAUCACAAAGGGGCGGGCCCCCUCUCCUUCCCGCCUCAGAAGAUGUGUGCUGCUCCGUGUGGGAAGCGUCUGUGAGCUCCGUCCGGGUCCUGAGCCAGAGCGGUCACUUCCAAUUAUCAGCUGCUUUGUCCCGGCCGGACGUGGAGGGGCCCCUCCACCUGCAGAGCAAUCGGAGAAGAGCCCUUGAGCAUGCAGGCCGGAGGAGAGCGACAGCUGAGCAGAGGCGCCUGCGCCUUGGAGCUGCUGGGGAUGCUGGUCUACAUCGGAGCCUGGCUUUGUGCUCUGGCCACCACCAUCUCGCCGCAGUGGCUGACCAUGUCCACCUCCCUGCUGCCGGUGGAGAGCUACGAGCUCGGCCUGUGGGAGACCUGCGUGGUCCAGGACAUCGGAAGCUUGGAGUGCCGAACUUAUGACAGCCUGCUGGGGCUCUCCACUGACAUCAAGAUGGCCCGCAUCCUCAUGUGCACCACCCUUUGUGUGGGCCUCCUGGGAAUUCUGGUGGCCAUACCUGGACUCAACUUCUUCAGCAGCUGUGAGGAACUGGGCGCCUCACGAACCAAGAGGACUCUCACCAUCACCGGGGGAGUGCUAGGAAUGAUCUCCGGGGUGAUGUGUCUCAUCCCUGUCUCCUACAUGGCCCAUCUAGCCGUCGUCCAUUUCUUUGACGAUAAAGUGCCUGACGUUGUUCCUCGGUGGGAGUUUGGAGACGCCUUGUUCUGUGGCUGGGUGGCAGGGUUCCUCCUCGUGGUGGCCGGGCUGCUCAUGGUCACCUCCUGCUCGUUCUCCCAUGGGGAGCGGCAGCCGGCGCCGCCACAGAGAUACCAGAUGAUGAGCGCCGGGGAGGCAGCCGGGAAGCGCUCAGAGUACGUUUAGAGGAGGAAUCGCCUGCACAGACACCCACCGCACAGCACCGCCACCUGUAGGAGCGCACCUCAAGCUGCUUUGGCAACGAAUGACUUUUCUUCAUCCAGAUUUAGCAUAGUGGCUGCUGUAGAGAUGGAUGGCUUUGAUCACCUGUGCAGCAAAGACCUGCUGUGUUCAGGGGAGGACAGGUUCCUGUUGAUUCGUGGCGUCACACAUUCUAGGAGAACAUCAAGACCUUUCAGCGGAGAACAGUGUUUCCUGUUAGGCUUUUAAAAUGCUGUAAAUGGUUCUCAAUACUAAAGCAUGAAGCACAGAGCAGUGUUGGUGUUUUUUAUUAAAAGAACAAUCCUCCUUUGCU